CGUGUGGUCGUUGAGAGAAUCGAUGGAAUUUAACAAGGCAAUGUUUUUCUCGCGGCAGAGAAUGUGAGACUGGAUAACAAGCCUUUGGGUCAGACCUGCUUGUUCAAGCCGUGUCAACGGACAUUUAGUGGGGUGACACCGAUCGCGGCAACCCGAUAGAAAAAUUCGGCUCAAUCCGCGAAGAGGAUAUGUUUUAACCUUUGGCGUCGCUUGUUUCUCUUCAUGGAGUCAUCGGGUCGGAGUUUGAGGUCUCUUCUGCUGUCCGUGGAUUAACGCAAGACUCGACUUCAGUGUAAUCGUUUAGAUAUUCAAAGUGUGAAUUUGUGAAGUUAGUAACGUUUCAAGUGCAAGGAGUUACUUGCGUGGAGGAGCUUUUUCUCUCUUUGUGGUCGAAGAAACUCGACACUGAGUGUGUCCGGAUAAGGACCAGCGGACACUUGUUGCAAUACAAUUUUGCGAGAAACGCUUGGCUCCAUUGCUCGGGAACUGAGCUAACGUUGUUAGCAAGGUAUUUGCUAUCGGGGCGCUCCACUUUCUUAAGUAUAAGGGCUAAUUGUCUCGAGCGAAACUCGCACAGAUAUGCGUCUGCUGUUUGCUCAAGUAUAGUUUUGACAAGUUGGCAAAGCGGUUUUGUGCAAAAUGUUCCAGGCGGAUUUGACAGCAGCGUAUGGCUAGCCUAGCUCCUAGCUGCAGCAGCGCCUCUUCUGUCCGUCCACUUCCAUAUUGUGUUGUUAGCUUUGACAGCUAACGCUAUGUUGACGUCAAACUAGUCCGCUGACAGUGUGUCAGUAUGAACUUCUGUUGUAUUGUUAACUUGGCUUCAACGAAACUCCCCUGUCAGAAUUUUCGGAGAAUCUUUUUCAGUCAAAAUCGUCGUUAUUAAGAGUCACUUGCAGAUAAUUAAUAUUUGCAAAUACUCAAUUUAGCAAUUUAAUAUUUUUUCGCCACCGUCGAUCUACAGGUUAUGUGUGAUACAUAUGUAAUUUCUUUUCCAAUGGAGUGGCCAGUAAGAGACCUCGAAAUAUAGAUUCAAGCACCGCCACCGACUUUUUUUUUGCCAAAAAGUAUCUCAAGUUGAAGAGCGAUGUCAGGCUCCCCGGGCACAGGGGGUUCGAACCCAAGGAAGUUCAGCGAAAAGAUUGCCCUGCAUAACCAGAAGCAAGCAGAGGAGACGCGAGCCUUCGAACAGCUGAUGACGGACCUCACUGUCUCCAGGGUGCAGUUCCAGAAGAUCCAGCAACUCCGGUUGUCUCAGUCACGACCACAGUACUAUGGCGGCUCUUUGCCCAAUGUCAAUCAGAUUGGCAACACAAGCACUGAAUUUCAGGGAGGUUUUCCAUUGGGGUUGGAUUCUGUAAGAGGUACUCGCCAUCAUGGACUAGUCGAGAGGGUCCACAGGGAACGUAACCGCAUCAACUCUCCGCAUCGCAGGCCCAUUGACAAGCACGGACGGCAGAUAGAGAGUUCUCCAUAUGGAAACGUGUACCUGUCCCCACCUCCAGACAACAACUGGAGAAGGGAUCAGCCCCCGUGGAGUGAGGAAAAGCGGCCUGGCUUUAGAUUAAUAUCACAACUUAACAGAACCAACUCAGAUUCUGCUCUUCAUACAAGUGCGAUGAACCCAAACCCACAAGACCCCUUCAGCAUAAACCAGCAGAUGAGUCGAGGUCCCCCGCAGCGCAAUGGCUGGCAUCCACCCAGUGUGAACGAGUCAGAAGUGGAUGGGUCCGGAGACGUUUUUUCGUUCCCCAACCUUCCUCAUGAGGAAGGCCUCAUUGGUGUCAGUAAACCCCUCCCCAAGCAACUGUGGGAAGCCAAGAAGGCCCAAUCCCUCGCGUCAAGGCCUAAAUCAUGUGAAGUGCCUGGUAUCAAUAUUUUCCCAUCUCCGGAGCAAAACCCUGGGCUAUCCCACUACCAGAGUUCACUAAAUACAGGAGGCUCCCUACCCGAUCUCACCAACCUGCACUUCCCGUCCCCUCUUGUGACGCCAUUGGACCCCGAGGACAGUGGCGGAUACCCCAAUCUCAGCGGAGGGAGCAGCACUGGAAAUUUGCCAGCUGCCAUGAUGCACCUUGGCAUUAGCAAUUCUCAGGGCCUCUCCUCUUCUCUGAGUAAUCCUACAAUUCAAGCUUCUCUCAACAACUGCCAGCUGCAGUCUUCUCUCAGCAAUCCUUCCAUAAAUUCUUCACUGCGUCUUUCUGGUAACUCCCCUCGGCGAAGACCAGCACCCAUCAGCCCCCUCACUCUGUCUCCUGGGGCUGAGCAGCGUAGGGCUCUGUCUAAGCAGUUGUCUCCUACCAUGUCCCCAUCAUUGUCUCCCAUCACACAGGGAGUUGCUUUGGAUACCAGCAACAUGCCAAGGGAGCCACCCCCUCCCUAUCCACUCUACCAGCAAUCCCAGCAUGCAGUGGACCAUGCACGUCAGUGCCAGCAGCAACACCAUCAUCAACAUCAGCCUGUUUCCUCUUUGCAAAACGCCGCACUGGACUUCAACCCAAACCAACACAACAAUUUUGCACCACUCUUUAGUGACUCAUUCAUGGAGCAACAGUUCUGCAGUCGCCAAAACAAAACCUUCCCGUACCAGUCGGACCAGUACAGUCUGUUGGAAAAUGCGAUGAGCUCCACGUCAGGUGGCUCUUGCUUCGACCCCUCCCCGUCCUCUCUGUACUACUCUCAGGCGGCCAUCGGAGGGCUCGGGGGCAGCCAUGGCAACUUGCAUGACCCCAUGCACAUGGCUUCAAACAUGCUGUACUCCAACUGCAGCGGAGGACUGCCCAACAUCAUACUUACUGAUGACUCCAACCACAAUCUGUCAAAGGACAUCAGCGGUGUGCUCUCGACAGUGCCAGAGUGUUUCGACUCUGAAGGAGGCUUCCCGCUGGAAGACGAGCUGCACAUUGAGCCGCUCAGCCUGGACGGUCUGAGCAUGCUCAGCGAUCCCGACAUGGUGCUGCCAGACCCAUCUGUGGAGGAUACGUUCCGCAGUGACAGACUCUGAAUGGGACCGUUUACUCCCCCCCCCUCCCCUCACCCCCAGCCCCACCCACCCAAACACACACACACACACAGUCACAUUUGCAGUAUGAAGAGCAAAGUGCAUGAAUCUGAAUAUGCAUGUGUUCACAAGGGCACCCGUGCAUGCAUUGACUGCCACUAAAAAAAAAAUCAUCUAAUGUAAAUGAUGUGGACGCAGUGCACACAGACACAAAUACCGCAUGCUUUGGAUGAAGAUGGAUGAAGAUUCUGUCUGGUUUGAAGUUCUGCUUCACGCAACGGCGUCGUCACACUUGCUUAGAGUUGUCAUGGGAGCCAUCCCCCGGGCUACCUUGCCCACUUGAAUCAAAAAGUCUUGAACCAAACCAUUGAGGAGUCUGGGCCAUCGUUCACCCUUCCCGUCACAGCCAACCUUCGUCGCCAUGGCAGCAUUGUUGCCAAGGUUACAAACCGUGGCAAUCUCUUUACUGCGCUGAAGAGGAGUGAAGAUGCCAACACACAAUUGACUUUUCACAGAGCUCCAGUGAGUGAGUGAGUGAGUGAAUGUCCGAUGAAAGGUGGAGCAGUGGCGUGAGAUUGGAGUAAACAUCCGCGUCCUUACAGCUGAAGUAUCAAACAGCUUCACGCCCGUGAACAAUCAUAUGAGGAAAAAGAUUAGAAGCAUCACAGAUGUUUGGAGUGGAGAACUGAUUAUUUUCCCGCAGAGAUGUAUUAAUGUACAAGUUGCAAUUUUAGUAUGAUUAAAAUUUACUACAAAACAAAAAGGGCAAACUGUUUACAAUGACAUUAUUUUAAGUACGUACAUGUUACUAAGAAAUAUAGAUGUUUGGAAUCAUAACUAAGAGCUAAAAUUGUCAUGUGCUGCAAAAAGGCUACAUGCCCUUAGCGGGGGACACAAUAUAUGUAUCCAUUUUAAAAGAUGAAAAUAACAUUUUUCUUAUGAUUACAGCAGUGUAUUGUAUUUUGAGUUUCGUACCAACUUGUACUGGCGCUUGCACUGUGCUUAAAUGUUGUGAGAAAGGGCAUCCGCUGCGCUGCUGCGGAUCACUUGUGUUUGCAGUACAGUAAACCCCCGUGUGUGCCUGACAGGAGUGAGCGCAGACGACUCACGUGGACAUGAGACACCAUGUAACAUUGCACUUCACGUCUUUUGCACUGAUUGGUCCGCCGUCUCUUAGACCUACUCGAAUGUUUGCUUUUUUACAUGACAACCCAAAGAAGUUGAAUGAAGCCAUUGUGAAGUUGGGACUCGUGUGAAUUCAAUUAAAGAGAAUUUCACGCACCAGUUUAAUUGAGAAACUAUGAAUUUUUUAUGAGAAAAAUAGAGUGUACAUAUACGUAAAUAUGUAACAUUUAAGAACUUGGAGAUAAUUCAUUUUUAUAAUCAGCUGAUAUAGAGAAUUUGGGGCAUUGAGUGCCCCUGCUGUCUGUUUCACUGAAAGUCAGGGACUGCAAUUCAGAGCUAUAUUUUUAAUAUUUGAAAGGAUAAAGAUCCAGCAUUGUUCUGGCUUUGCUUUAAGCUA